UCAGACUUUGAACAGUGCACUGGCGCUCAUCACCGCUAAUCUCUGGCCGCUGCUUGACACCGUUGACGCUGGUACUGACAGUUAUUAUCUCCGACGACCUCAGAAAUACAGAUUAGGAUGAACAGUUGCUAAGAGAAGCGGAAACCUAAGGGGGAAAAAAAACGUAGGGACACAUCAAACGUUAGCUUCGCCGUUUAACGUUCACGUUACACGGGAGUUACGAUGGUCCAGUCAGGGGAUAUUUUUCUAGCCUUGCUUCUCGUUAGCUACACAGUUUCACUGGAAGUGCAGAUCACCCCUAGUCAUGGUGAGAUUAGUCUCGGAGAAUCAAAGUUCUUCAUGUGUGAGGUCGUAGGUGUUGCCAAGCACAUAGACUGGUUUGGACCAAAUGGUGACAGGAUAGAGCCCAACAGACCGGACAUAACAGUAACCCGAAAUGAUGAAUCAUCAUCCACCUUAACACUGUACAGAGCAGUGACUGAAAAUGCAGGGACAUACAAGUGCGUCGCUACUAGUGGAGACCAGCAAGCGGAAUCAACCGUCAAAGUGAAAAUAUUCCAAAAAAUUACCUUCACAAAUGCUCCCUCACCACAAGAGUUUACUGAAGGAGACAAUGCCAACAUUAUUUGUGAUGUUGUCAGUUCACCUCCGCCCACUGUCCUCUGGAAAUAUAAAGGAGCAAGAAUACAGAUGGAAAAAGAUGUUCGGUUUAAGGUACUUAACAACAAUCAUCUUCAAAUCCGUGGCAUAAAGAAGACAGAUGAAGGAGCGUAUACCUGCGAGGGCCGCCUCAUGGUCCGUGGCGAGAUUGAUCUGCGAGUCAUCAAGGUCAUUGUGAAUGUGCUCCCAACCAUCAGGGUAUGGCAGACAGAGGUGAAUGCUACAGCAGAUAUUGGGCAUUCUGCCAUGUUGACUUGUGCUGUUGAUGGCUAUCCUGAACCCAUGGUGACCUGGACAAGGAACAAAGUAGUUCUUGAGGCGGGAGAAAAGUACAGCUUUAAUGAAGAUGGCUCAGAAAUGACAAUAAUGGAUGUGACCAAGCUGGAUGAGGGAGAUUACACCUGCAUUGCCAAGAACAAAGCCGGGGAAGCUGAGCAGGAGCUCAGUUUAAGAGUUUUUGUCAAACCUAAGAUCACAUACAUUGAAAACCAAAGCUCUUCAGAGAUGGAGGAGCAGGUGACUCUGACUUGUGAGGCAUCAGGUGAUCCAACUCCCACCAUCAGCUGGAGCAAUGGUGACCAUGUCUUCACAGAAGGAGAGCAGGCACAUCUAAACAGGAUCUAUCAGGCAUCAUGGACUCGGCCUGAGCAACACAAGAGUUUGGAUGGAAAUGUAGUGGUGAGGAGUGAUGCUCGUGUGUCCUCCCUCACACUAAAGUAUGUCAAGUAUACAGAUGCUGGCCAGUACCUGUGCACAGCUCGCAGCGCCAUCGGGGAAGAUGAUGAGCCAGCAUAUCUGGAGGUCCGCUAUGCCCCCAAGAUCCACGGUGCGGUGGCAGUGUACACCUGGGAGGGGAAUGCUGUCAAUAUCAGUUGUGAGGUCAAGGCUCAUCCCAGCGAUGUAUCUAUUUUGUGGCUGAGGGAUGGACUGCAGCUGCCCAACUCAAACACCACUAACAUUAAAAUCUUCAGGUCUCCAUCCACCAGCUACCUGCAGAUAACCCCCGAGUCUGAAAAUGACUUUGGGAGCUACAACUGCACUGCUUCAAACGAGAUAGGAACAGAAUCGAAGGAGUUCCUGCUCAUUCAGGCUGAGGUACCUUCCACUCCUUCUGUUGGAGAGGUGAGGCCCUUCUCCACCACGGCACUCAUCCAGUUUGAGGAGCCUGAAUCCACUGGAGGUGUUCCCAUCCUAAAGUACAGAGCAGAGUGGCGGAUACAGAGCCGGGGCAGCUGGGAGCACAUGGUCUUCCAAGCCCAAGAUGGGUCUGCUGGUGAGGUAACUAUUAAAGGCCUGAAGCCAGAGACCAACUAUGAAGUCAAACUGUCAGCCAUCAACGGGAAGGGUGAAGGUGAAAGCAGCCCGGCCGAGUUCUUCCAGACGGCGCCUGUCCGGAAUCCCAAUCCUCCGAAGCUUGAAGCAAACUCUUCAACCAAGGCAACUCCCAUCAGAGUCAGCUGGAUCAAGCAGGACGAUGGCGGCUCGCCAAUCUUACACUAUCUCAAUCCGCUAUAACCAAUGAACGUAUUGCAGUGGAAACCCGAAAUCCGGAUGCCUAGUGGCAGUGAGCAUGUCACUCUCAGUGGACUGGAGUGGGACACAGAGUACAACGUCUAUGUGGUGGCAGAAAAUGAGAAGGGCAAGUCCCUGCCAGCCACCAUGUCCUUCAGGACAUCCACAGAGCCAGCUGCCAUCCCAGAUAUGGGGGAGGACUCUGUGCUCUCCAUGGGCAUCAUGCUCUGGGCAGGGAUCCUUGUUGUAGUGUUCAUGCUCCUCCUGCUCGCUGUGGAUGUCACCUGUUACUUUGUCAACAAAUGUGGCCUCAUCAUGUGUCUCUGCGGCAAAUCAGGCACAGGAACCAAAGGACACAACUUAGAAGAGGCGCAAGGCUGCAUUCCUGUAAGAAAGAUGAGUCCCAAAGAGCCAAUUGUUGAAGUUCGAACAGAGGACGAGUGCACAGCCCAUCACAACGCAGCAGGACCAACAGAACCCAAUGAAACCACACCCCUCACAGAGCCAGAGCUGGCGGCUUACACUGCUGCUCUGGCACUGGACACCCUCUCCUCCGUAGCCACCAACUCUGACACAGCCACUGCAACUAUUGCCCCCGCUCAGGAGCCCUCUAGCGAGACCACUACACUCAGUAGCCUGUCUACCCCGGCCAAUGACCCUCACCCACCGGUCCUGGCUCCGGCCCCGACCCCAGAGUCCAACACAGCCCCACCAACUCCCCUCCUCUCCACCUCUGCUGUCACAGCUAAAAUGGCCCCGUUAGUAGAACAAAGAGCAAAUAGCACCCCAGAAGAGCAGGAGAAAGUUCCUACUCCUCCCCGCACCCCCGAACGGACUACACCUCAAAAAGCUGGGACACCGAUACCACCGAAGCGUAGGCACUCGCCCAAACUUGCCGCCUUAAUGCUAAAGCUAGCCCCCCUGUAAUCUCCACUUGCCGCCUCCUCCCCUUCCUCUUCUCCCACUCCGGAUACAAAGAAACCUGCUCCGAAAACCCCCAGUCACGCAGCCUCCCACACCGCAGGCACUGUAGCCUUAGAGUCAGAAACACCAGCGCAAACUGCCUCCACUCUAGGAACCACUGCCCUUCCCAAACCAGAUCCUGGUCCAAGUAGCCUCACUGCCUUCAACACCAAUAAACCCACUGACCAACUGUUGACAACAACCCCACUGCCAAAAAUAAAGCUCCCACUGCACCUAGCUCUUCUUCAGUGAUCCACAGUGCUCCUACAGCCCAGGA